UUCCAAUGGCUUCCGAGUGAAUUCCGUGUCGAACAGGAUGGCAGUGUGACCAUCAACUCAUACAUCAACAAUCUGAAUCCGAUAUGGCAUCGAGACAUGUACAAAUGCAUUGCCAAAAUAUUCAAAUGUUUUGUCCCAAUGUUUGAAAGUCUGUUCAGAACGAUACAUCCAAUGUUCAAGUAUAUUGAUAUUCGCAAUGGCACAAAGGGAUAUGAGCCACCAAACCGAUCAGAUCGUGGUGGUAUGGAACCGGACACUCGAGUCAUUCGUCCCGUGUAUGUACCAACACUUCCGGAACAUUUUGAAUCCAAAUAUGAAUCAGCAAAGCCAGUGUCACUGCGUGGUCGUAAUCUACAAGUCAUUGUCAAACUCACCAACAUUCAACUGACACCAUCCAAAUCUAAAUACGACGAGGGAAACUGGCACAAUGAAUGUCCAAUUAACGAAUCGAUUGUUGCAACUGGACUGUAUUACUACGACGUGGAAAAUAUCACCACACCCAAACUCGAUUACCGCGAGGCUGUCGAUCGGUUUGAUGAAAUGGCAUCUGAUAUGUAUUGGAAAGAUGUGUACGACAUUGAUCUAGAAUCACCACGCAAUCAGUAUAUAGGAUCGCUUGAAUUACCAAAUGGUCGAUGUGUAGUUUAUCCCAAUCGAUACCAACACAAAGAACAAUCAUUUGAACUUGCAGAUCCAACUCAACCAGGACACUGCAAGAUUCUGACAUUUUUUGUAGUGAAUCCAUCUCGUCGGAUUGUUUCGACUGCGCAUGUGGCUCCACAACAACCACAAUGGUACAACUCGAGU